GGCAUACACUUUGAUUAACAGUUAACCAAUUAAUCAGCACGCUACUGUUGAGCCGCGUGCAAUGGUUCAUUGGUUGAAUUGACAGUUCACGUUUUGGACGUUUUGGUUGUUGGCGCAAAUUAAUCACAUUGGUCGACAUAAUGGGUAUUCUGAACGCAAAUUGUGCGAAUACAUUUGCAAAUACAUUUGAAAAACUGCAGAAUACCAUCAAAAGAACGAAAUUAAAUUUGGGACAACUUGAUGUUUUGUCGGAUUCAAUAAAAUCAGCGCAAAUCAAUGAUUUGGAAUCGUCGAAAACAGAUGUUGUUCUCUCAUCGCUUUGCACCAAAUGGAAACAAUUCAAUGUAGGACUGCAGAAAUUUGAUCGGAUCAAUGCAACGACAAAUUCAAAUGACAUACAAAACCAAACAAACACCACAGCCAACCAAUUGACUAUGUACUCGAUACUCGAUGAGCUCAAGCUAAACGAUAGUAAAAAACCAUCACACACAACAAAUGGUGAGACUGUACGCAAAUCUGAUUAUAUGGGACUUGGUUUUAUUUCUCAUAUCGUGAACGAAUCGAGUGACAUUCUUUAUAUUACGGAUGUGCAAUCAAUGCCAGAUCCAUUGAUUUUGUAUGGUGCUGUACCAAAACGAUUGACACGUACACCAGUUCCUGGUGAAAUGUUUGCUUAUGUUUACCAAGAAAAGUAUAUGGUUCGUGCAGUCCGAUUGGAAUAUGAACCAAACAGUCCAGAUCACCAGUAUAGUGCAUUGUUCGUUGAUAUUGGUUGUGUGGUUCGCAUAAGCACUGGACCAAAUGAACUGUAUGAAGUUACACAAGUAGCCAAAUCAAUUCCACCAUAUGCGAAGAUGUGCCGUUUAAUUCGUGUGCCAGACGACAAGAGCAUUUUUGAUUUACUCCACACGCGUGUUCACUACAAAGUUAUAUGUAACGACAAUAGUCUAAUGUUGAUUGAUGUUAUUGGUCCGGGGGUUAAUCCAUUUGCGAUUGAACAUCAAAAUGAAUGGAAUUUCUACAUGUAUUUCUUUGAUAUGAACAAAGCAACAUCACCAUCAAUACUACCAUCGAAACAAAAUGACUUCAAUCCAUUCAAUGGGAUAUCGACAACAAAUAUGCCACAAGACAAAUCAGAGUUGGCCGAAAAAAGUAUGGAUGUAGCUGACAAUAACACCAUUAAAAACGAUGACGUUUCGUGUCAAUUGAAGCUAAAUGAUUUUAAUCUGGAUAAAACAACAUCGCGAUUGAAACAAAAUGACUUCAAUCCAUUCAAUGAGAUAUCGAUACCAAAUACGGCACAAGCCAUACCAGAGCUGGUCGAAAAUAAGGAUGCAGCUGAUAAUUUCAACGUUAAAAAUGAUGAUGUUUCAUAUCAAUUGAAGCCAAAUAUCAUUAAUCUGUUGCAACGAAAUUAUAAAAUCACAAGUUUCACAAUUGAACCGCUGAAUCGAUCAUUAAAUCCAUUUGAUGCAAACAUCAAAACAGUUGAAAUGAACAACAACAUUUCACACACCACUGACGAAUUAAACGAGAACUUGCUUUUGGCGCCAAAAAUAACGCCAACAAAAUCAAUUAUAAAUAAAAACCAGACACAACCACGUUCGAUCAUGGCCGAUUUCGUGAAACCGAAAAAAUUGCAAAUUGGUCAAAAACUUAAGCUGCUUUACCAACACAUGAUUAGCGUCGAAGAGUUUUACGCCAGUUUACCAAAUGAUUCUUAUAAAAUGAAAGUAGAUAAGUUCUCGAUAUAUUUUAAUAAGAAAAUGUACACACGACAUUUGGAGCCGUAUACUGAUGAAUGUACACCGAUGUUAUACGACAAGGUGGUUGCAAUGUAUAAUGCCACCGAUGCCAAGCAAAAAUUCUAUCGAGCUAAGGUAGUUGGCGUUAUCGAUAAACAUGUGUUCCGUGUAUUCUAUGUGGACUAUGGCAAUUAUGCAAAGGUGAAAGUGUCACAAAUUUUCAAAUAUAACAGCAUGUGGGACGAGUAUCCGGAGUACGUAAUGCAUUUCCGUUUAAAUCGCAUCAAAGAGUGCAAACCAUGGGAUUAUUUGGCAAAAAGAGGAAUCGAACAGAUUAUGAGAGCCGAGUGCAGUGCAACGGUUGUUGGCAUUGAAUUUUGCGAAAAAUUGAAAAGAACAACAUACGUUGUUGAUCUACGCGAUGAAAAUCGCUUGGACGUUGCUUCAACGUUAUUCAAAAAAAAUCUCGCACUUCUUGAUGAAACACCAAUUUACAAUAGUGCAUGCAGCAUCGUACAUGAAGAAACCACUGAAACUCCUUAGAGUAAUGACUUUCUAUUCGAGCAUAUAAAUUUCAGGGAAUACGUUUGGAUAAUGAAUAUUUCGACAUCGACAUUUUGCAUGUGAUUGAAUGCACGAAAAAAACGGAUUAUUUUUAU